AUGAAAAGGAAUCUAAGUUUCAACCCAAGCAUGCAAAGGAUGUCCUUCAAGAAAAUAGGAGAAAAUCUGGUCAAGCAAAAGUCCAACUUUAAUAUUCAGCCUACAGAACUUGACGGAGCCAACCAUAACAGAUCUAUGAGAGAUAAGCAACACAAGUUAGAUGAAAAGAAAGAGCCAGAUAAUGCAUAUCAAGUUGGAUCUUAUAACCCAAAAGGAGAACCAAGAUUUUCAAACUCUUUGUCUAAACACCACUCUCUUAAUAUGAAGAGUUCGUUUUCAAAGGAGUCCUUUAGACAAAGUUCUCCAUUUUUGAAGUAUAACUUUAAACUUCCAAACACUUAUUCCAACUUGCCUACUACCAGGUAUAUCCAGCCUUUGCAGCCUUCAAUAAGCAGUGAGAGCGGUAGAGGAACUCUUGAGAGCUUCAAGGCUAGGGCCGACAACCUGAAAUUUAAGUUCAAAAGUUUUAAAGCAACUGAGAACUUGACCUAUUCAUUCGAUGUUCAAGCAGCAAUUCGUAAAAGUGAGUCUAGUAAGACCUCCAAGAUCCAUAGGAAGAUCAGUCUCUAUUAUUUAGAUCUGUUCCAUCCUCUCUUGGAAGAAAUGCUAGCUAACCAGAAGAUCAACCUGAAUUUUCUUGAAAGUGGCCUCAAGAAAUCUCAAAUUGGGAAACGAGUUGUCGAAUUUGAGAAAUAUCUUGAAAGAGUACUAGAAAUCCUAGAAAAUGCACUUGAAAAAUUCCCUGAGACUACAGAAAUUAUACAAAUAUUAGAGGGAGAGAUGAGUAUUCCCCAAAAAUUCUGAACCAAGUUUGAGCUAAAUAGAAUACAUACAAUUGGUGAUAAGAUCAUCAACCUCAGUCAGGUACAGAAGCAGAUGAUCAUUGGUUACCUUAUCAUAGUGAAGAACCUUACCCAGAGGAUAUUUCUGUCAUUAGAAGAUUGUGGGCUUAGCCUGUCAACUCCUUACCUCCUAAAGGUGAACAUGAAGUAUAUCGCAAGUAUCCUGUACUUGGUCUUUAAAGAGCAAAUAUCCUUACUCGCCUCUACUAUCAAGUACGACAGGAACAAAGAUGAGUUCAGCCACCUGUAUUUUGGUCAAGACUUGGUCAAUGCCCUUGAAGAGCAUAGCCCCAAGCUGUAUCUGACAACCCAGAAGAGGCUCUUUAGAUACCUGGAUAACAUCAAUGAGUUGUUAAGUGAAAGACCAGCAGAGAGAAGUAACUUGCCACAGCUUUAGAAAAUAAUAGAUCCA